GACAUUCGAAUUCAUCAACAUGGCAAAUUCCGAAAAGCCAGUGUUGUUGGUUGAUGGCUACACUUAUACUCAGACCAUCCGAGACUCCAGAUACUGGAGUUGUAUCAGAAGGAGGUCCGCCAAGUGUUCUGCUAGGAUACGCUUCAAUGACAACGGAGCCAUCGUGUUCCAUGACCUGAACCACGCACAUCCUCCUACUAAAUUGUAUAAAACGGGAGAUGGAAAAUAUAUUAGGCUAUUUAUCCUUCGAAUUCAUACAAUUGGCAUCCGGCGGCAGCAAGAAGCCGCUGCUCAUGCUCCAGAACUACACAUUCGCUCGCACCACCAGCGACCACCGAUACUGGAACUGCAGUAAGAAGGCGGCUUGCAAGUGUCCUGCUAGAUUACGCUUCAACGACGCUGGCGUUAUCGUGUUCUACGACCUGACACAUAACCAUACCCCGCCUUCGUACUUUAAAACUCCUUCUGGAAAAUAUGUGAGGCUGUAAGUUUGUAUCGCUGCUUCCUGUCGGCACAGAAUACGGCGACCCGGGUCUGUGGUUAUGUCGGUUCGACAUAAUGAGGAUACACCCUUUUUAGAAAAAUUUCUUUGACAUUUGCGAGAUUUUGACAUUAUAAAAAUGUAUUAUUGUUCGUACUAAUAAUUACAUUAGUUCUAGGUUUUGAAUCUCAAAUGUGUACAAAUUUCCUGCUUGUGAAAAAUAUGAAGAUGUCGACUAAAACACAGUUGUUUGUAGUUGACAUCAAUAUAUUUAUGUAUAUUAACAUGUUCAUUAGAAUUAAAACAUUUUUUGUUGUGACUAAAAAUAGUUUUUUUAUAUGUAUAAAAUUUAAUAUUUUAGUAACUAAUAGUAUUCAGUAUUUGUCUUAAACUUAUGUAUAAUUCAUUAAUUACUUACUUGCAUUGAGCGAUAGAAUAGUAAAAUUAUAAUAAGCUCCCUUUGAUUCAAUUUAUGCAGG